AUGAGUCGUUCACGCUCCGCGCCUCUCUGCUCCCCUCACCCCCCCCCUUUCUCUUCCCCUUUUCCUCCCCUCUCCUCUUCCUUCCCCCCCGCUCUCCCUUCUCCCACCGGCCCCCCUGCGCGCAGCCAUGAAGGCAUUCGAGCUGCUGGGGCUGGGCGCGCAGGACACGGUGCAGUACGCGCAGCAUCGCGCCAUGAAGGCAUUCGAGCUGCUGGGGCUGGGCGCACAAGACACGGUGCAGUACGCGCGAGUGGGGGAGGUUCGCUCUUCCCCACCCCCUUUCCUUUCCCCCCACCCUCACCCGCCUCCCUGCACCCAGCCAUGAAGGCAUUCGAGCUGCUGGGGCUGGGCGCGCAAGACACAGUGCAGUACGCGCGGGUGGGGGAGGUGGGUGGGGACAGCGCAGGGGAUGGAGCGGGCGACAACGACCACGAUCUCGACCCCCUCGACCACGACAGCCAUAACCACGUCGCCAGCUCCCCCCUUUCCCCCUCUACCCUCCCUCUCCCCCCCACAGCCAUGAAGGCAUUCGAGCUGCUGGGGCUGGGCGCGCAGGACACAGUGCAGUACGCGCGGGUGGGGGAGGUGGGGGGCGACGGCGCGGGGGACAACGACCACGAUCUCGACCCCCUCGACCACGACAGCCACAACCACGCAGGGGGUGGCGCGCGGGGGAGCCCGCAGCUGGGCGCGUCCGCGCGGGGGAGUCCCCCUCCGCGGAAGCAGCAGCAGCAGCAGCAGCAGCGGGUGCCCGGGGUGGUGUUUAAGACAGAGGCUGCUCGCGCUGCUGCUGCAGCACUGGAUGAGGAGAUGGCGGGGGGUGGGGACGGGGGAGGGGGAGGGGGAGGGGGGGGCAGAGGAGGGGGGAAUGGUGUGGGGGAGGUGCGGAGGCCGCGACAGGCUGCUGCUGCGCCGUUGUGCUCUAAGGCCACCUGUCUCUGGGUGCUCGUUUCUCUCGCGCUCUCCAUCACACUCACUCAGGUGGGUGGAUGGGUGGAUGGGUGGGUGGGUGGGUGGAUGGGUGGGUGGGUGGAUGAGGGGGUGGGUACGUUUGACGUUAACCAUCUCCUCAUGGGCAUGUGCGGCUACAACCUCCGCUUCAAGGGCGCGUGGGUCACUCUCGUGUAUGAUCCCAGCACGCGGGCGCAGACGACAGAGUCGGUGGCGAGUUUGGAGCACAGCGUGUAUGACGAGUCAGGCGUGUUCCAGGUGACGUUUGACACGCUGGAGGAGGAGAUUCGCGAGAUCAGGGACCAGCUCAACGGCAACCAGAAGACGGGAGCCAAGCCAGCAGCGCCC